AUGUCAAACAGGACAAAAGUCCGAGUUAAAUCUGAUGUAUCAGAAGAAUUAUUGAAAAAUAGGUUGAUAAAAGAAAUUACAUUUGUAGAAAAUAAUCUUGACACUAUUGAUAUAAAAAUAGUUAUGGAAUUUUCUAUUUUAAAGAAUAGAAAUUGGGUAAUAUAUCGAGUUGGUGGUGUUCAGUUAUUUCCAGUAAACAGAAAUAAUGGUUCAUACACAAUCCCAGUUACCAUAAGAAAUAUUAAUUUUGAAUUUACACCUAAUUUUGAAUCUUAUUCAGAAUCUAAUUUUGCAGUAAACUCUUUUUUGACAAAUCAUAUUGUCAUAUCUAAUGAACAAAAAAAUUUCAGAAGAAUUUUACAAGAUGAAAGUAAUAUUGAAGAAGAAAUAAUUAUUAUUAUUCUUAAUAACACUGGAAAUAUAUUUGAAGAAUCUCUUUCUGGUUCCUUAAUUCUUAUAUCAAAUCCUAUUUUAUUAACACAUUUUAAAGCUUAUUAUAAGCUUAGUCAUAUACUUUUUUGGUGUUUAUUACAUGAACUUCCUUUUUCACAUUGGUUUCAUGAAUUACACUUAAAUUUUAUUAUAGGAAUUUUUAUAAAUACUACAAGUUUACUACAGGAAAUAAACCCAGUAAUAUAUUCAAUAGUACAAAAAAUUCAAGUUGAAAAAAAUAUAAAUGAUAUACUUGAAUUUAAAGAAUGGACAAUAUCACAGAAAUUUAAACCUAAAGAAUUAGCUACAUUUAUUAUAAAUUAUGAAGUAACUACUAUUCGUGAACCAGAAUUAAUAUAG